AUGCAAGGAAUUGAAAUGGUUUUGCUCAAAGGGAAUACUGUUGUUGUAGAAGUAGUAGUUAGUUUUGUUGUGUUUAUUUUUCUGAAUUUGGUACAAGUUUAUGGAGAAAUUCCAACAACUUUAGAGGGUCCUUCAAAGCCAGUGACUGUUCAGUUGGAUAAAAGUUUCAGAGGGAAUGCAAUAGAUUUGCCCGAGACUGAUCCUAGGGUGCAGAGGAAGGUUGUAGGUUUUGAGCCUGAACAGAUUUCAGUUUCCCUUUCAUCAACUCAUGAUUCUGUUUGGAUUUCAUGGAUAACAGGUGACUUUCAAAUUGGUGAUAACAUCAAACCAUUAGAUCCCAAAACUGUAGAUAGUGUUAUCUUGUUUGGGAAAUCAAAAUUCUUCUUGAACCACAAAGUGAAAGGUCAUUCUCUGAUUUAUAGUCAGCUAUAUCCGUUUCAAGGCUUGCAGAAUUACACCUCCGGAAUAAUACAUCAUGUUCGUCUUACAGGGCUUCAACCCUAUACUGUAUACUAUUAUCGAUGUGGAGAUCCUUCAUUACCUGCAAUGAGUAAAAUUCACCAAUUCAGGACUAUGCCUGCCUCUGGACCAAGUAGUUAUCCCCGUAGGAUAGCAGUGGCGGGAGACCUUGGUCUAACAUACAAUACAACAUCAACCAUCAACCACAUGAUGAACAAUGAUCCUGAUCUUAUUCUGUUGGUAGGAGAUGUAAGCUAUGCCAAUUUGUACCUGACAAAUGGAACCGGAGCUGAUUGUUACUCAUGCUCUUUCUCAAAUACGCCCAUACAUGAGACCUAUCAACCUCGAUGGGAUUUCUGGGGAAGAUUCAUGGAGCCUCUAGUGUCUAAAGUGCCAAUCAUGGUAGUGGAGGGAAAUCAUGAAAUUGAAGAACAAGCUGGGAAUAUGACGUUCGCAGCGUAUCGUUCUCGAUUUGCGUUUCCAUCCAAGGAGAGUGGCUCUUCAUCUCCAUUCUAUUACUCCUUCAAUGCAGGAGGCAUACAUUUUGUAAUGCUUGCUGCAUAUGCUGCUUAUGAUAAAUCAGCUGAUCAAUACAAGUGGCUAGAGAAAGAUCUUGCUAAAGUUGAUAGAACAGUCACGCCUUGGCUUAUUGCAACAUGGCAUGCUCCCUGGUACACAACAUAUAUAGCGCACUACAGGGAAGCUGAAUGCAUGAAGGUAGCCAUGGAAGAGAUACUAUACAAAAACGGUGUUGAUAUAGUCUUCAAUGGACAUGUACAUGCCUAUGAGAGGUCAAACAGAGUGUAUAACUACACCCUGGAUCCCUGCGGCCCUGUACAUAUAGCUGUUGGUGAUGGUGGAAACAGGGAGAAAAUGGCUAUCAAACAUGUAGACGAACCAGAAAAUUGCCCAGAUCCAUCCACCACACCAGACACCUAUAUGGGCGGAUUUUGUGCCUACAAUUUUACAUCAGGUCCUGCUGCUGGAAAGUUCUGUUGGGAUCAGCAACCAGAUUACAGUGCAUACCGCGAAAGUAGCUUUGGACAUGGUAUUUUAGAGGUGAAGAAUGAAACACAUGCUCUCUGGACAUGGCACCGGAAUCAGGAUAUGUACAAUGCCCCUGGUGAUCAAAUAUAUAUUGUGAGACAGCCUGAGAGAUGCCCAGUUGAACACAAGGUCUCUUUUGCUGCGUAUUCUCACUACUGA